GCGAAUGUGCGUCCGAAAAGGGGUUGUCAAACGUCAGUCAGAAGCUCGGUUCGUUGAUGUUUUCGGUUUGUUGUGUUGACUUUCUCUCGUCGCCUACGGUGAGAGAGGUGUUCAUUUGGAUUUAGUGAGAGCAUGAAGUUCACGCACACAUGAGCAAGGUUUGGAAGCGAACUCUGAACGCAAUUUAGGCGAACGAACUCCACUUCAUUUCACGAUUCACAAGGGGUCUAUUAGCCGUAUUCGCAAAUUUUUUUUGGAAGAAAUACUGUGACGCAGGAAAAUGGGUGAUCAACGCUACGUAACUGAAAUACCGAGCAGUUUAAAACAACUAGCUCGGUUUGUUGUCCGUGGCUUCUAUACCCUCGAAGAUGCACUGGUAAUAGACAUGCUGGUGCGCAACCCUUGCAUGAAGGAGGACGACAUAUGCGAGCUACUUAAGUUCGAACGGAAAAUGCUGCGCGCACGGAUAUCGGUGUUGAAAAAUGACAAAUUCCUGCAGGUGCGGUUAAAAAUGGAAACUGGACCGGAUGGGAAAGCACAGAAAGUCAACUACUACUUCAUCAACUAUAAAACAUUCGUCAACGUAGUGAAAUACAAACUAGAUCACAUGCGAAAACGAAUGGAAACCGAAGAACGUGAUGCAACAAGUCGCGCAAGUUUCAAGUGUCCUUCUUGUAAAAAGACUUUCACAGAUCUGGAAGCUGAUCAGCUGUUCGAUUUCACUACCGGCGAGUUUCGGUGUACAUUUUGUGGAAGUACGGUCGAGGAGGACAGCUCCGCUCUGCCAAAGAAAGAUUCACGUUUGCUGCUAGCCAAGUUCAACGAGCAACUGCAACCGUUAUAUGAUCUACUGCGGGAGGUGGAAGAUAUCAAGCUUGCUCCGGAGAUUUUGGAACCCGAACCGGUGGACAUCGAUACUAUCCGAGGUGUCGUUAAACCUACCUACAGAGGUUCGUCGGAACAAUGGUCUGGCGAAGCAACGCGAUCCAGCGGUUUUGCUGUGGAAGAAACCCGUGUGGAUGUAACCAUCGGAGAUUCAGAUGCAGUGGAAUCAACUGCUCAAAGAAAGGAUCGCCCGGUAUGGAUGACAGAGUCCACCGUUAUCACCAAUGAUGCCGAAGAGAAUUCAGUGGAAUCGAUACUCGAAAAAGCUGCCCUCACUUCAACGCAACCACCCGCGGUGUCCGGCAAUACGAAUGUUAUCUCGUCUGCGCGCAACCGUAGGGAAGCCGACGAUAUCAUGUCGGUGCUGUUACAGCACGAAAAGCAAACUUCGCGAAGUACUACGAACGACGCUAUUCGGGGAUUGGGUCUCAACAACGACAACUCCAGCGAUAGUAGCGAUGAGGAGAAAGACAUCGACAAUACGGAAGUGCCCACGGUGGAAAUUAUGGAUACCGAUUCGGACGAUGACACGCCCACGGUAACGGUGGCCGGUCGGCCGUAUCCGCUGGAUGAGAUUAACGAUACGCUGAUAGCAGAGAUGUCACCGCAGGAGAAGGAAACCUACAUCCAGGUGUACCAGGAUCACUUCAGUCAUAUGUACGAUUAAGCAUCUUAAAAGUGCGCGUUAAUAAAAACGUUGAAUUUAUACAAUCUAAA